UCCAACUCUACCUCACCCUCGUACCCAGCUCUAUCUAGCCCAGCACCCAGCUCUACCUCACCAUCCAACUCUACCUCACCCUCGUACCCAGCUCUAUCUAGCCCAGCACCCAGCUCUACCUCA